CACACUGUUAGCAGAGAAUGGUGACUGGCUUCCUUCCGGUCCGCUAAGCGGAGGCCGGAAGUGUUGUUUGCAGCGUCUCUGGGAGUGGAAGGGAGUCGGUAGCGGCAGUCAAGGCAGCGAGGGGUUCCCUGAAGCGCUCGGGUUCUCGCGGCUGAGCAGGGAUUUAACCGCCACCAUGUCGAGCAAAAGAGCAAAGACCAAGACCACCAAGAAGCGCCCCCAACGCGCAACCUCCAAUGUGUUUGCCAUGUUUGACCAGUCACAGAUUCAGGAGUUCAAGGAGGCCUUCAACAUGAUCGAUCAGAACAGAGAUGGUUUCAUCGACAAGGAAGACUUGCAUGAUAUGCUUGCCUCCCUGGGGAAAAAUCCAACUGAUGAGUAUCUGGACGCCAUGAUGAACGAGGCUCCAGGUCCCAUAAAUUUUACCAUGUUUCUCACGAUGUUUGGUGAAAAGUUAAAUGGCACCGAUCCAGAAGAUGUCAUCAGAAACGCUUUUGCUUGCUUUGAUGAAGAAGCAACUGGCACCAUUCAGGAGGAUUACCUGAGAGAGCUGCUGACCACAAUGGGAGAUCGGUUUACAGAUGAGGAAGUGGACGAGCUGUACAGAGAAGCACCUAUUGACAAAAAGGGGAAUUUCAAUUACAUUGAGUUCACACGCAUCCUUAAACAUGGAGCGAAAGACAAAGAUGACUGAAAAGAACUUCAAAUUCCAGCCAAACUUUCCUUGUUGCUACUUUGGGUAUUUCUGAGACUUUCUCUUAGAGCCUAUUGCAUGCCCUUAGCUUUACAGCUUUUGCCUUUCUUGUUGUAUUUAUUCUCAACCAUUUGGGGCACAUGCAUCUCUAUAAUUCAGACUGGAAAUGGGACUUUUUGUCAUUUUCAGAAUAGAAAAUAGGGUAGUUUAACUUACCCUACCUUCCCCUCCCCCAAUAACUGCAGUCUACAAAGAGUUGAUAUAUUUUUUCAGAGAAAGUUAUUCACUCAAUUUUUUCUGAACCAUAAUUAAACUUUAUGAUAGAAACUUA